ACCCAACUAUGAACUAUGAAUUUUUUCGUUUUGCUCCAAAAAAUUGUACAAUUUUGAAAGAAUCGAUAAAAAUACAUGGAUCAAAUAUUUUUGAAAAAAAUACCCGAAGAGUUUUAGAAUCAUUAUGGCCUGAAAAUAGCUUUCGCAUGGCUCGACGUUUUUAUACAGAACUUGAAUGGUUCGUCGUUUUAUUUCCGAUGAUGAAACGAUAGCGAAUGAAUCAUGGCGAUUGCUAAAACGUGGAUUUGGAUAGGCCGUUAUCGCAGGAACCUCACGAAACGUAUAUGACGCUCCCGCAUUAUCAGAUAUGAUAUCUCGAGACUAAAUGUGUGCAUUUAGUCUACAACAGUCGCCUAGCAUUGUCAUCCGAGAAUUGACGUUUCUUUGGAUUUAUUUUUGAGUAUGAAUAUAACUCGAUCAAAAAUGAAGAAAACUCUGGCAUGUCCAGCCAUUUUGGGCUUAUUGAUCGCUGCUUUUCUUCCGUUUUCUUCCGGCGGGAUUUGUGAACUUUGUGUCUGCACGCAUUCAGAAAACUCGAAAAUCAUAAACUGCCUGAAAAAUCGUGAAUUGACAAAUUAUACAGAAAUUUUCGAUCUGCUGGCAUUCGACGAAAGCGAAUUAAUAAAAAAAUUGAUAAUAAUGGAGCACGAAAUAAGCUCGCUACCUUUGGAUGCGUUUCGAGGCCUGAGAAAUUUGAAAUCGUUGGAUUUAUCGAAAAAUUUGAUCGAGGAUUUUGAGGCGGACGUAUUCAAGGAUUUGAAAAAUCUCGAAGAGCUCGAUUUUUCUCAAAAUCAUUUGGGAAUUUUGGGUGGCGACAUUUUCAAAAACAUCCCAUUUUUAGUGACUCUGAACCUGAGCCAUAAUUCGAUAGAUGAUUUGAACGAAACUACGGCUGGGCAGUUGGGAAAAUUGGAGAGUCUCGAUUUGUCACACAACCAAAUAAAAAGCAUUGGAAGUGAAUUCAUGAAAUCGUUGAGUGGAUUGAAGUUUCUAAACAUUUCGUACAAUCGUAUCGAUUCCAUCACGUCUGAUGUGAUACUGCAUUUGAAAUCACUGAAGGAACUACAAAUUAGCAAUAAUUUGUUGACGAUUAUACCGGUAGAAAAUUUUCCAGAGUCGCUGACGACCUUGAACGUGGCAGGCAAUUCGAUAAAAUCGUUGCCUCUGGAUUUUUCGUUAAUUUCAAACCUGAACGUAGCGAACAAUCAAAUAAAUUCUAUCGAGUCAGAUGAACGGUGGUUGAAAAAGUUGCGAUACUUGAACUUUAGUGGAAAUUUUUUGACCUCAUUCCCCAACGUGAUAUUCGACGAUUUGAAUUCAUUGGAUUUGUCUCGUAACAAAUUCAACGUUAUACCGAAAUAUUUGUCGUCCGAGAAUCUGCCGAAACUGGAAAUUCUCGUUAUUGACGGCAACCCUAUAAAAGACUUGAUUUUCGUCGAAAAAUUACAAUUGCGAAGACUGUACGUCCGUCACUUCGAUCAACUUGAAAUUCUCGAGAAAAAUGCUUUCGCCAAGCUCCAAGGAAUCGACGGUGAAUGCGUCGACCUUAUCAUAUCGGGAAAUCCUCGAUUACAUCGAAUCGAAGAAGGAGCUCUUAAUGGCGUUUCCAUUUGUACGUUGGAUUUGAGUGGAAAUGCCUUCGUCCAAAUAUCGCCAGAAUUGAUCAAAUCGAAUGGUAAAUUCGUGGCGAAAAAGGGUAUCGAUUUUCAAGAAAAUCCUUUCAACUGUGAAUGUCAGUUGCAAUGGAUGCUCAACGAUUUUGUACCUUACGUUUACGAUUUGAAUCCCAAGCUUUUGGAAAAUUUGAGAUGCGAAACCCCGACCGAGUUAUCAGGCACGAGAAUGGUCCAUUGGUACAAAUGGACGAGGCAAGUGUUUUGCGAUCCUUCGUUGAGUAGGAUGGGCAAAAUGGUGGUGGAUCCAGCAGCGGUUAUUUCCAGCGGAGAGACGACGAUCAGAUUCGAAUCGAGCGGUGGCAUGUUAGCCGUGGUUGCUGGGGCUCUAGCAACUCUCUGCGUUUUAAUCGUCGUCGGAAUAAUUCUUGCUCGUAAAUUCGAAUUGCGUAAAAGACGAACGAAUCGAAGAUUUUAACUGCAAAUCAGCUGCUGAGUAGACAAUUGAAUAACUGAAAGAAAAAAUAAAACAAAACAAAUAUUAAAAUAACAACGCACUAGAUCGAGAUGACUAGAAGAACAAAAAAGUGUUGAAGACAAAAUCCAUGACGAUUUCGAGUAUCUUUACUCCAUGGCAGGCUUUUUCCCAUUUAUUUUCUAAAUUUAUAAAUAUAUUCUUGAAGAAUUCGCGAAAUCGUUGAUCACAGUAGCACCGUUCGCACUUUAUAAUAAUGUUAAUUGUAUUUGAAUUAAGAUUAUGAGUUUAUAUAAGAGCUUCACGAGAAAAUAGUGAAAGCUCGCCAGUUAAAAAAUACAAAAACAAUGUAUUUAUGACUUUGGA